UUAAGGUAGUACCUCCGCGACUUUACAGUCAAAAAGUUUUGGAUUAGUACUAUACUUAAACACAUUAGCUGUACUAUGACUGUGUUCAAUAUAUUUUUAACGUGACUGUACUUCUUUCACUACUACAUCCCCUAUACGUAUACACACAUACUAUGAAAUUCAAUUCUGCAUGGAACUGUGGCAACGUCGCGUUAUUAUUAUUCUUAUUUAUCCUAUACCUAUAAUACCACUCAAUUUAUUUACAGUUCAUAUGCGCAGUAAAUGUAAACAACCGGCUAUUGUUAUUGAAAUAAACAAAUAAUUAUGGGUGAUCGAAUGCGUUAUAAAGGAAGAUUUAUUAAAAAAAAAGUAUUCGAUAAACAAAUUAAAAUAAAAAAUGGUUUACAAAAAAAAAGAAAAGGCAAUGAUUUGUCAACAAAUAAUAAACCUAACCUAUCCGAAGGCUUUCGUGUGGUGGAUUUAAAAUUGUUAGCCGAAAAAUUGAAAUGUGUAAAAUGUUUUGAAAUACUUUGUCUUGAUAAUAUUGUACACGAACAAAAUUUAGGGCUGAAUUCAAUCUUAAAAGUUAAGUGCACUAAAUGUGAUAUAAUAACAAUAGUUCCAAUGAGUAAAACUCAUCGUACAGCUGAUAAUAAAUCUAAUCACUCAGACAUUAAUACAGGUGUAGUUCUUGGUGCUAUACACGCUGACUAUGACUGCACUGGAUUAAACAAAAUAUUGGCAUGUACCAAUAUUCCAACAAUAUUGCCACAAUUAUUUAAAAGAUAUGAAAGAGAAGCUGGUCCUGCAAUCGAAGAAGCUGCUAAGGAGAGUUGUAAAAGAGCUGCCAAGGAAGAGCGACAACAUCAAUGA